AGGGGACGUUUGUUGACGGCACGUCCCCUUGUUUAACCUCCAUACAUUUGAGUAACACACCACGUAUAGUCAUCUGAACAUACUGUAUGUCUGAAUGAGGCUCUGGAGCGUUUGGUUUAUCCAAGGCGAUACGUCAUUGCGAGCUGCAGCGAUUGGCUGGAUUCCGCUCCUUUUCCUCCACAAUUUGCAACCACGAUCGGUCUUCGCCUCCGGAGCAGCGACAUUUCACAGUAGAGGCAGGUGGACUUAUUUCCCCCCAGAGAAAUGAAUGCAAUAUAGCGCGCGCCUUCGCAGGGCUGGACAUUUCCGUUCGCUUUCAGUCUCCUCGAUUCUUCCCUGCAAUACAGACACUGCCUGAACCGGACUAAAUGAGUGCCAGGACCUCGGAGAGACUGGCGCUUUCCAUUCCCCACUGUGCCUUAAACGGAACCGCUCUGGCCGGCAAUGGCACCUGCUUUGAUCGGGUGGAUCAGCUGUUCCAGGCGUUCUCCUCCACCGUCGUGCUUUUCGUGCUCAUCGCGAUGAUCGUUGGGAUAAUAAUCGUGUCCGUCACGACCUUCCACUUUCACAAAAGCAAGAUGAAAAAGCGCAAGAUACAGAAAGCCCAGGAGGAAUACGAGCGCGACAACUGCAGUCCCAAAACGGCCAAAGGCAAGCCGGUGGUCCGGCAGUGCAUCAUGGUGAGACCCCCCGCGGCAGUGCGCAAAAGUGAUCCAAACACGGAGGAUCCUGGCGUGACAGAGGACAAGGGACACUCGGGACAGACCAAGGAUGAGGACUUGUUGGAGUCGGUCGCUGUGUCUUGAUAACGCAGUGCCAGCCUUCGGAGGACGCUGUAAAUAACCUCUGUAUUCCCUAUGAUAUCACCUACGGAAUAUAUCGAUUCUUUGUAUAAGCAUUAGAGUUCGUGGAAGAAAUCUAGGAACGGGUUUCAGUGGUUUUUGAGAAGGACCGAGGGAGAAUGAGGACUGCUCAUGGAAUUUCUAUCGUAAUUGUGAGCCAAUCCUAACGGGUUCGAACUAAGAGAGCAUUGAGUAAGAUCCUACUGGAUAAAAUGAAAUGAGAAGGAAUUGAUCUAAGAGGAAUAAUUGAGAAUCUCAUAAAAAUAAAAUAAUAACAAGAAAGAAAAUUAUUGGGGGGAGAAAUAAUUAAUCUAAAAGGAUCUUCCUAAAUAUGAAUGGAAUUUCUAUCAUAAUUCCAUGCCGGUUUUAUAAUAGGAUCAAAUAGGAGAGUAUGGCAUAUAUGAUCCUACUGGAAAAGGCAUUCAUGAGUUAAUCUAACAGGAUUUUAUUGAAUAUUUAUGGAAUUUCUGUCAUAAUUAUCACAAUGCAUAUGAGAUCCAACAGAAACCCUUGAUGAAUCAAAUAAACUCCUGAAUUCUGGGAAAAAUACAUUAAUCAGUUAAUCCACUAGGAUUUAAUUGAAUUUUCAUCAUUUUAUUGAUUUUGAUUAAAAAAAAAAUCCUUGGAAGGAAAAAUCAAUGAAUUAAUCUAAAAGGAUAUUACUGAAUAUUAAUGGGAUUUCUAUCAUAAUUCAGAUGCUAUGCAAAUGGGACUAAACAGGAAUACUCUAUCAAUCAAAUAAGAUCAUACAUAGAAUUAAAAUUCUGGGGGAAAAGGACAUCGAUUAGUCAGUCCAUUUAUAUUAUAAUUUAGAGCAUAAUGUGGGGAAGAAGAAGAAGAAAAACGGCCUCUAUGAAAAAAAUGCAGAAGUAUUUUAUUGAAACUGAGUCAUCUAAGAAUCAAAGAGCAUCCUUCUGGAUGAACUGAGAUGUCUGUUGUUUUUCUCAAGCCUCUUUUAGUCAAUGUUUUUUCAGAAUUUCAGUUAAUCCUGUAGGAUUUUGUUUGAUCCCAUUGGGAUUGUCUACAAAUUAUGAUAGACAUGCCAUUAGCGUUUCUUUAGGACACAGGCCCAGCAUCUGUACAUGCGUAUUGUCUCAUCCACUCUUCUUCAUAUCGUUGUGCCACCAAGAGGAACGCCAUGGACAAAUUAUGGACCUGCUGCCAGUAUUUCAGAGUUUAUAUUGAAGUUAAAGGACAGUUCUCUUGUAUAAAGUCUGUACAGACGCUGUCCAGUGCUGAAAUCAGGACAGAGACGACGGUCUUCUUCAUGUAGAGCCUCAACACAACUCACAACAGUUUUCCUUUGUUUUGGGUUUCAGAAACUCUUAGGUGUUACUCUUUUAGGCAACAUUGUUGUUUCUUUUGACAUAUAUUGGGAUUUCCCUUGAUCUCAGUGGCUUUUUCAAGAUAGAAGUGCAAUUCGUGCCAUCCUGGCUUGGCAUGAAUAGGUUUAGUGUUUUAACCCCUUUAUCCCCGAGACUGUUAAUGUGCAACUGCAGCUGCUAGUGGUAGUAUAGCCUAUACUUGUUUUGUUCAUGGCACUGUAUAAUCAUAGUAAAACUUAUGUAACCUGAGGCGUUUCGGUUUUGUGUUACAGCUCUGUAUUAAUGCUCUCUUUUUGCAUUUUUCCUCUAGAUUAAUAUAACACUAAUGAUCGAGUAUUAUAUUUUUUAUCAUUCUAAACUAGUGUAACAAUCAAUAAGAAAUAAGAAAACAUUUUAAAAUCAAAUAUAUCCAUUUACUUUACGUUGAACUCAACUGGAAAUGGGAGUUAUAGACCGAAGUCAUGUAUUGUAACAGAUCGCAGUUUGAAUUUUUGUUUUUAUUUUCCUCAAUGCAUACAAUUUUAAACUACUAAUAAAGUAUUGUGCAAA